GCCUCUCACUCACCAGUCGCACCGAUCUCUCAUUUUAACUUGUGCAUUCCAAAUGGUCCGUUUUGUCGAGGCCUCGCUACCACUUGUUUCCAGUUAGCACGGCACUGCUAUUAUGUUACAAUCGGUGUGUUGCUUCGCAAAGUUGUGCAACGUUAACGGAAGAGCCGGAAAAGUUGAAAAAUCCUGACGAUUAUGAAGAAAUGCGAGUGCGAGGUAUUUUCCACUGGUGAUGUGCUACUAAAAUGGGAAGGAUAGCCAGCAAAUUGAGGAAAUCGUUCAAGGCGAACGAUCGAGGCCACUAUCAUGGGCAAUUCAUCAGUUGAAAACAACACGUGACACGAUAUUUAAAAUACGAGAAUGUCCCAGCAGCCGGCUGAAUGUCAACCGCCUCCGAUACAUCGCCCCGGUGGAAUGGGAAGACGGGGACACCGGAGAUAAGGGCGAUGUCGAUUAUGCUGAAUGCACAGAUCGGCGAAUGGAGUUGCAGACUGUGAAUCGCGACGAAAAUAGCAGGGUCAAUGCAUCAAUGGAACCAUCCGAGGAAGCAACUCGUAAACUACUCGAGCGUGAACUCCGAUUGCUGGAUCCACGCGACCUCCGUUCUCAUGCAUGGUAUCACGGGAGUACAUUGAGACACGGGAGAAAGGGGGCUGAAGCUGAGGUGCCAAAUGAUGGUGAUUUCCUGGUGCGAGACUGUGCCUCGCAACCCGGGAAUUACGUUUUGACGGUGCGAUGGAAGGGCCAACCGCUACACUUUGUCAUCAAUAAGGUCGUCCUUCAACCGGACACCGUCUAUGAGAGGGCCCAAUUCCAAUUCGAGGACGAUGCAUUUGACACAGUCGCCGACCUGAUAACUUUCUACGUCGGCAGUGGUCGACCAAUCAGUCAAGCGAGCGGUGCUCGUAUAAUCAGUCCCAAGCCCAGAUCAAUUCCAAUCACCUGCCUAGCAUCCACCACUAGUCUAAGCAACACAAGUCCGUCAGCUGCUUCCCUCUCAACCUGCUCGCCCCCGCGCCUUCCGCGUAAACAACAACGAAGUCAAUCCCUCAUACCUCAGCAGCAGUUCAAUCCGGAGAAUGAUCAACACCAAUUUCGAUCGCCACCAAAUCAUCUGGUGCAAUCGAGCACACUACCUCGAGCUCCUCCGGCGCAGAAUCAGUUGUCGUCCGGCUCCUUCUCCCUCGGACGCCAAAAGAUCACUCGGGUAAUAUCUGAUCCAGCGCUUCAGCACCAAAUGCAGAAUAGUCUUAAUCAUCAGUCAUCAGCGGCACCACCGAAACCCCCUCGCGUACCAUACAUACCAAAUCAACAAGCGCACUCUCAUCUACAUCAUCAUCCGCACCAUCAUCAUCCCCAUUACCAUGCGCAUCAUCAUCAGGCAUAUCCAGCAUCCGGCAGUGACAGCGGUAACGGGUCCGGAGACAGUGAGUUCGAAGGAAACAAUUCUGGGGGAACAAAUCCCCCGAUUCCAAUAAAAGGCGUCAUAAUUCGAAGUCACUACGGAUUACCGAGUAACGGGCAAAACGGCAGCGGCAGCGACUAUGAGUUAUCGGCUGAAGAGCAACUGGUGGUAGCAGCACCAUCUUUCGAAAUACUGAGCCUCCUAGAUAUGGAAGGUUUCUCCACUCUCCUACUCCCCGCCAACGAUCAUCGACCGCUGGACCCAACAGCCCUGAGAGGAGUCUCCGGGAUGCUGCACGACUCAGCCCCUCGAAUCUUAGCCUCUCACUUGACGCGCCUCGACCUCGAGUUGAUCCUCCAGCCAGGGAUGGGCAACAGAUUCGGCCUGAGUGGUUUGGAGCUUGCGACUCUUCCACAUGGCAGACAGGCUCGUCUGGACCUCAUCGAGAGAUCUGAGUGCAUAAAACUACUGGUGGCUGUGACGAUCCUCGCUGGGACAACUGCCAUCGAGAGGGCAACCACAAUAAGCAAAUGGAUUAAAGUCGCUAUCGACACGAAGACAGCCCUCGGCAACCUUUACGGCUUCUGCGGAGUUAUGCUAGGCCUAUGUCUACCGCAAAUUCAGAGGCUAGCUUAUACGUGGCAUCUUCUGAGGCAGAAGCACACAGACGAGGCAUUCAAUUUCGAAGCCAAACUGAGACCUACGCUGAGGGCUAUGAAUGAGUGCACUAAUCCACAGGCGCCUAAUACAACCCUACCACAUUUGCUUCCUGUUGCACUGCUUGGAGAAAGGGGCCUCGAUGAUGUCUUAGGAACAGUAGCAACAUCAGGCCUUGUCGCUGCGAUUCUAUCGUCAUGGGAGAAUUCAGCCCCCGAUUGUGGCCUAUCAAUAGUCUGGGCGCAUCUCGAAGCCGCCCGAAAAUUAACCGAAAGUUUACCCCUUUUUCGGAGAAAUGCUGAAAUCGCUCUCGAGGGCUCGAGGAGUGAUGAGCUUUUACUAGACGCAUUUCGUACUGAAUUUCAUAUUAAAUUUUUGUGGGGUAGUCGGGGCGCUUCUGUCGCACCCGAAGAGAGACACCUCAAGUUCACUCAAGUACUUGAUGCCAUGUUCGAAAAGUGUACGACUAGUGAAGCUGCUGCGUAAGUUGUAGUACGGAAAAAUGAUUUGUGAAGGAGUACUCGGAUAUAGAAAUGUACGAGGGUAAUUGAAAUCAAACUAUACGCGUAAUAGAGAAAUUGAGUCAUUAACAUUAUGUAUUAUAUCACUAGUGUAGAAAAAGUAACGACGUAUCGAGAGAGACAAUAUUAUAUCAACGGAUCCAAAGAAUCUCAAUCAUCAUGGGGUUGAAAUUUUGGCUGUACUACUUAAGUACUUAUUAUGUACUUAAAUCACUGUAUAUUCUAUUAACCACAUGUAUACAUGUUGUUCAUAAUUGUUUACCAUAAACAGGGAAUAUUAUAAUAAAAGGAACAGAAAAUAUA